AUGACCUCGGGCAAAGACAUGAAGGCGGGUUCGGUGUUGCAGUCCAGCGGCGAGGAGCGGAGGCGAGCCCCGCUGGAUCAGCUCCCGCCGCCGGCCAACUCCAACAAGCCGCUGACGCCGUUCAGCAUCGAGGACAUUCUCAACAAACCGUCCGUAAAGAAGUCGGUGGUGGCGAGCAUCUGUCCGCCGAGAGUGCUGGAGAAAGUGGCCGGAGCGAGCGCGGCCCGCAACGGCAUCAGCACGCCGUCGUCGCCGCUGUGCGCGCUGGAGGAGCUGGCCAGCAAAACCUUCAAGGGUCUGGAAGUCAGCGUCAUCCAGGCGGCUGAAGGUCGCGAGCACCUUAAUGCGUUCGGCCAGCGGCAGACGUCGAAGAAGCGGCGGAAGUCGCGGACGGCCUUCACCAACCACCAGAUCUACGAGCUGGAGAAGCGCUUCCUGUACCAGAAGUACCUGUCGCCGGCGGACCGGGAUCAGAUCGCGCAGCAGCUCGGACUCUCCAACGCGCAGGUGAUCACCUGGUUCCAGAACCGACGCGCCAAGCUGAAGCGGGACCUGGAGGAGAUGAAAGCGGACGUGGAGUCGCUGAAGAAGAUCACGCCGCAGACGCUGCAGAAGCUGGUCACCAUGGAGAGCAUCGAGGAGGCCCAGGCGGAGGGCGGGUCGCCCAGCGUCUCCCCAAGCUCGCACGGACACCAUGGCUUCCCGCAGUCGCCCUCCUCCUCCAGGGACCAAACCACGGACGAGUUCUCGGAGGACGACGAGGAGAUCGAAGUGGACGACUGAGCUGGGGUUCUGUGGACGAACCCGGGGCAUUUUUGUU